ACAAUGUUCGAUUUGCAUCUCAAAUUAAAACGUAGAUAAACCUUAAAUUUGAUGGUACAUGCCUUCUGGCCUCACUUUAAUCAUGCUCGUUCUAAUAUCAGUGUUAAGUGCUUUAGCUGUAGCUCACUGCAGUGAAGAUUUUCUUGGAAAUCUUCAAGUCUGCAAACGCAACGACCGCAACAUCGACAGCUGCCUAAAAAAUGCCGUAAGUCAAGCAGUAAAGCUUCUGGCCGACGGUUAUCCCGAGCAUGGCAUUCAACCCCUAGAGCCUUUGAAAGUUGGAGGGUGGAAUGUCACUAAGGGAAGCGUCCUUCCCUUCGACCAAGACUAUUACGACAUGAAACUGCAUAACUACUCCGACAUCGUCAUCGAGUCAGUCAGCUCGAAAUUUGACGAUGAGAAUUUUUAUGUGGAAAUAAUAGCUCUCGGUCCCCAUAUGUACGUCGAUGGACGCUAUGAGUACUACGACGCAAUCCUAAAUGGCGUUAAUCUGACCAGCAAAGGCAAAAUCGAGUAUUAUUACACCGGGUACAAGUUUUACGUCGACCUAUUUGGUAAAAUUGUCAAACGGAAUGGCGUAGAAUACGUCGACAUUACAGCAUGUACUGUCGACGUCUUGAGCUUGGAUCUCCUAAGGAUAGAAUUCAGGAGUGAAAAUCCGGAGUUGGACGACGUGAUCACGACGAAGUUCAACAACAUUUGGAAGGAACUAAUCAGCGACAAUCGGGAGGGAUACGAACGGAUGUACUCGGAGAAAUUUAAGGAGGUCGCCAGUAGCGUCUUUUCAGCGUUUCGAUAUGACAAACUACUUCCGAAGAAUUAGUUAAGAAAAUGUAUUUUUAAAGGUUUAUUUUUACUCUGGAUCUAUUAAACCUAUCAAACUAAA